AUGGCCUGGGACUCCCUGUGCAGCGGGGACCUACUGCGCCCCAAGAUCAGAAGUGCCUCAAGCCGGACAUCUGGCAGCCAGGGCAGUGCCAGAACACCAUCCCUGGAAGAGCUGCGCCACAUGCUUUGGACACACAUGGACCCCACAGGGCACGUGGAUGAAGUCUGGCCAAACCUUUACCUGGGAGACCUGUAUGUUGCUCGUGACAAAGCGCAGCUAAGCCGAAUGGGCAUCUCCCAUGUUGUGGAUGCUGCUGCUGGGCGAUUUCACAUCGACACCGGACCCAAGUUCUACAAAGACCUGCCUGUGGAUUACUAUGGAGUAGAAGCAGAGGACAACCCAAACUUUGAUCUCAGCAUUUACUUCUACCCAGUUGCUCGAUACAUAAGAGCAGCACUGAAUUCAAGAGGCAAAGUACUAGUUCACUGUGCAAUGGGAAUCAGUCGAUCUGCAACUCUUGUCCUCGCUUUCUUAAUGAUCUGUGAAGACAUGCCCCUUGCUGAUGCAAUUCGGACCGUGUGCUCACACAGAGGGAUCUGCCCCAACUCUGGCUUCCUUAAGCAGCUUUGGGAGUUGGACAUCCAGUUAGGAAGGGGGAAAGGCAGAGGAGCAGAGGCCUGCUAG